AUGGAAGAGAAAGAAGCUAUCGGGGCCGACGGUCCCCUCGAUCCGGUACAUCCGCACCCGAGUAACAUCGACACUGAACAACUCGAACCCCCUCGACACGACCCUACAGCAUUUGGUCGUCACAGCUUACAGAUAAUCAGACGGCCAGCCCCCGCUGCCAAGCCGCAUGCUGACGGCCAACGACAAGACGGGAGCACUCCCGGCGGGAGAGAUGAAGAUUCGUUUGAUGAGAAGAUAUUGCAACGUCUGCCACGCAGUAUCGACACAUUCCGUCGCCCGGCAUCAGCACCACAAGAUCAACAUUCGUCCCUACGGUCCCCCAGAAAAUACACCACCCGACCAAGCCAUGACUUUGACCGUCGCUACGACGGCCCCUUUGGCCGGCCGAGUCUCGCCAUGACCCGGCGAAGUUCUCGAUCGCCCACACGGCCUUCGAGGGACGCGGGCACACCCCACACACCCGGCGAGGCCACCGGAGUAGACGGUGUGGACGGCACAUCUGGACGACCGGCCUUCCAAGCCACUCCCCCACCAUUAAACUACAGCCUCCGCACCCGCAAGAUGGCCAUCUUUCUCUUCUGGACCCUCCUUCUAGUCGACUCCACCGCCAUGCCGAUAGGACUGUACUAUGGUCUCUGGUACGGCGUGGGCCCCGGCACAAACACCCCGACGGAAAAGAAGCAGAAGUUGACCCCGAACGCCGUCUUCUCCAUCGUGACCGCCACCGUGGGCGGCUCCAGCAUCAUCGAGUAUUUUUUGCGGCUCUGGCGGCUUUGGCGCAAGGGGAGCAAGUGCCGCGUGAUUGGCGCGCACCGAUGGUACUUCGACUGGUUUCACUGGAACUUUACCCUGGGAUGGGUCGUCAUCAUGGUCGAGCUUAUCGUGGGCACCAUCCCAAAAAACCCUCCAAUCCGCCUUCUUUCCAUGCCCGUGACAACAAUGCUCUUCGUCUUCGGCACCGAGCUCCUCCUCGUCGACAUCUGCCGCGCCUUCCACGUCCCAGCCCCCUGCCGCAUCUCCUCCAUUCCAAAAGGCGCCCAGCUCCGUCCCGGGAUUUACUCUUUAAUCGAGGACGUCUGUGCCGUCGACGGUUCAGGCGGGACCGAUUUCCGCAUCGCGCUCGACAGGCGCUACGAGGCGAGCCAUGUCUUCCGCGCGAUGCUGAGACGGUUGGGCCUCUUUUGGGCCAUCGGCGCCGAGGCGUGCGCGGUGCUAUGUACGACCUUGAUAUUUACAUUGAGCGACGGCGAGGUCGCGUAUGUAAUUGGAUGGUCGUUGCCCUUCGUAUGGGUGGGCAUAUGGACGCUUGCGACGUUUUGGUAUGUAAAUUCUGAGUUGAAGAGAGAGGCAAGGGCUUGGUCUGAAGAGGUUGCCAUGGGAGUUACAUGGGCCAUGUCAAUGGUCUCAGUCUGA